GUGUUCCUGUAAAACAGUCCGACCCCGACCAUCACUGCUCCUCCCGUCUGUCACAUGUAGCAUAAUGCAUGUAAUUAGCUAAUGUUUGGAAGUGUUAGGGCUGGAGGCACAGCAAGCAAACAGUCUACGGAUGUUUAUUAGCUUAGCAUUUCAUUAGCAGUAACUCCAGGACCACGCCAGACUUUGGAUGGAGUCAGCACCCAGCUUUUCAUUGUUUUAUGUAGUCACAAGAAGGGACCUAAGGGUUCGGGAUUCAGGGCAUCCAGCGCAUCAGCAAGAGAAAAAUGGUCAAAUAUUUCUGUAAUAACACAGACAUUAAAAGUGCAUGGGACCAUGUUGUCGCUGCUUUCUGGCAGAGGUAUCCAAACCCAUUCAGCACCCACGUUCUCACGGAGGACGUUGUGUAUCGGGAGGUAACUGCAGACAAUCGGCUCUUCUCCAGGCGCCUCCUUAUGAAGACCAACCGGUUGCCUCGCUGGGCGGAGCGGUUCUUCCCUGGAGGCAUGUCUCGCUCUGUGUACAUCAUCGAGGACUCCAUCGUAGACCCUGUCAACAGGAGCCUAACCACCUACACCUGGAACCUCAACCACACAACACUCAUGUCGGUUGAAGAGCGUUGUGUUUUCAAGGACUCAGUGGAGCAGCCAGCAACCACACAACUGAAACGGGAGGCGUGGAUAUCCUCAAGCAUUUAUGGCUUCUCCAAACCUAUUCAGGUACAUUUAACCUCUAGCUGCA